UUGGUUUAGAAGCUACUAGAAGCAGCUAAAACCUUCAAGUGUCGGAAGGUAAACCUUCGGCAAACCCGCCCCCAAAAAUCAAAAUCACUGAUCGGAAAUGGAUGCCGCUAAGCUAGAGCAAUUAAAGCAGUUUGUUAAUAAGUGCGACUCCGAUCCGUCUAUUCUCAACGACCCUUCGCUCUCCUUCUUCCGUAAUUAUAUCGAAAGUCUCGGUGGUAAGGUUCCGUCGUCUUCAAAGCAUAAGGAGAAUGAAUCGAAGCCUUAUGUGGUUGAAGAGAGCGAUGAAGAAGUAGAACCACCACAAGAAGAAGAAGAAGAAGAAGAAGACGAGAUAAUAGAAUCUGACAUUGAGCUUGAAGGAGAAACCGUGGAGCCUGAUAAUGAUCCUCCACAGAAGAUGGGAGAUUCUUCUGUUGAGGUCUCUGAUGAAAAUCGUGAUGCUUCCCAAGAAGCAAAAGCUAAAGGCAUGGAAGCCAUUGCCAAUGGUAACCUAGAGGAAGCAAUCGAGUAUCUCACUGAGGCAAUUCUGCUCAAUCCUACUUCAGCUAUCAUGUAUGCAACUAGAGCCACUGUAUAUAUCAAAAUGAAGAAACCAAAUGCUGCCAUUCGGGAUGCUGAUGCUGCACUACAGAUUAAUCCGGAUUCUGCUAAAGGCUAUAAAUCACGUGGGAUAGCACGGUCAAUGCUUGGUGAAUGGGAAGAGGCUGCAAAGGAUCUUCAUGUUGCAUCAAAGCUUGAUUAUGAUGAGGAAAUAAGUUCUGUUCUCAAAAAGGUUGAACCUAAUGCACAUAAAAUAGAGGAACACCGAAGGAAAUAUGAUAAAUUGAGGAAAGAGAGAGAGGACAGAAAAUCAGAACGUGAGAGGCAACGUCGACGAGCUGAAGCCAAGGCUGCAUAUGAAAAGGCCAAAAAGCAAGAACAAGCAUCUUCAAGUGAAAGACCAGGUGCAGGUGGCAUGCCUGGUGGCUUUCCCGGUGGCGGCUUUCCAGGUGGCGGCAUGCCUGGAGGCUUUCCAGGUGGCAGCAUGCCGGGAGGUUUUCCUGGUGGUGGCAUGCCUGGAGGGUUCCCGGGUGGCGGCAUGCCUAGAGGUGCGUCCCCUGGAGGCGGCAUGCCUGGUGGAAUGGACUAUACCAAGAUUUUGAAUGAUCCUGAACUAAUGGCAGCAUUCCAAGAUCCUGAAGUAAUGGAAGCUUUACAAGAUGUGAUGAAAAAUCCGGGUAAUCUUGCCAAGCACCAGGCGAAUCCUAAGGUGGCUCCUGUGAUCACCAAAAUGAUGAACAAAUUUGGAGGAGCUAAGUGAGGGGCAAUUUCGGGAUUAUUGAGCUUUUAAACUUAUGGUCCAUGUAAAACUUAAAUCGAGAUAGCGGUUGUGCAUGUUUUGUUGAAAUUUUGUAUUGUAGACCAUGGCCACGUCAUAUCUUUUCCUAUAGAGAAUAUAUGAUUUUC